CAGUGACCCACUGGGUGGGGGCUCUCCACUCUUCCACCUUGCCAACCCCACUGUGCCAGGGCCAGCUGGGUGAGAGGCCCAGGGCAGGGCAGGACAGGUUGCGCACAGCACCCCAGGGUGGAGAGGGUCUGUCCCAGCUGGUGCUGACAUGCCAUGUCCCCUCGCAGGUAAGAACAAUGGCGGGCCCUGAAGACGACCUGAUCGGGAUCCCGUUCCCAGAGCACAGCAGCGAGCUGCUCUGCAGCCUGAAUGAGCAGCGGCAGCUGGGGGUGCUGUGUGAUGUGACGCUACGCAGCCACGGCCUGGAGUACCGCACACACCGUGCCGUGCUAGCUGCCUGCAGCCUCUACUUCAAGAAGCUGUUUGCGGGGCUGGGCCCGGGGCUGGGGCCAGGCCAAGACGUGUGCGAGCUGGACUUCGUGGGGCCUGAGGCUCUGGGUGCACUGCUGGAGUUCGCCUACACGGCCACGCUGACGUUGAGCCGGGCCACUCUGGGAGAGGUGCUGCGUGCUGCCCGGCUGCUGGAGAUUCCCUGUGUCAUCGCCGCCUGCGUGGAGAUCCUACAGGGCAGUGGGCUGGAGGCUCCAGGACCAGACGCCGGUGACUGGGAACGUGCCCGCCGCUACCUGGAGGCCUUCGUGGCCCUGCCCGAUGGCGACGGGGAUGCGGCUGAGCCCGUGCCCCCUCGGCCCGCCGCCCGGCGCAGCAAGAAGACACGCAAGUUCCUGCAGGCCCGGGGCUUGCGGCUCAACCACCGGGCCGAGGAGCCUGCGCUGGACACCGAGGGCUACGGCAGCUCCCCACCUGCACCCCCCACCUAG